UAUAACAUAUUCACUGCAGACAUAAGGUGCACUAUGUUCAUAAAUUGGACUCACCGCAAAAGAGCGAACAAUCAUCUACGUUUCGCUUAAAAACAAACGGCCAUAUUUGUAGGCUACGAGAAUCGCCAGGAGCUUCAUCACUUCUAUCGAGCGCGCAAGGAGUGUUCGGAGAAUCGCCAGGAGCUUCAUCACUUCUAUCGAGCGCGCAAGGAGUGUUCGGAGAAUCGCUAAGAAUCGGCUCUCUGCUGGAACGAGAUUCACGACCUGUGAAAGUACGAACUAAUUUAGACGGCUCAGCGCUAGGAUGACCCGACGUCGACUUGCUGCGGGAAUCGGGACCAAAUAGGCGAGCACGCGGUGUCUGCAGAUAUUUCGCUCGAUAAUUCUCGCCAAUUCCCUGCAAAACAACGCUUAAAACUACUGGAAGUAACACUCGAAAGAUGGAAGAAAGUUUAAUUAAAUAGACCGUAUAUAUCCAGCAUGUUUGAUAGAAUAUAUUACUUUUUACGUAUUGCACGUGAGAAAACCUACCCUGGCACUCUUAAUGGAGGGUUCUUGCUGUUAAACGCGGCGAUCAGAAUACUUAUUGUUCUAGAUAAUGUAUGUAGAAGGUCCUUCCAAAACAAUGUGCUACAGUUGUGUGCAGCUUCUCUUUGGCAGACCAGAUUGGCUGUUUUUUUGACAUUUUUUUCCUGUCACUGGAGUUAUCAUAUCAUAGUAGUGUUUUUUGCCAAGCUUUUAUCUUCUAACCUGGUACGCCUUUGCCGUGAAGCGGGUCUAUUUAAAGGAAAAAAGGCAAAUGAAUGCAAGUAAAGCAGCUGCGGCAGCAGAAACCGACCCGUAGGACGGCAGCAAACUGGCAAGACGAAACACGACUAAAGGACUAUAUGAGCUCACACUCCAAAUAUUUGUCCUGUACGCUAUUUUUCCAUGCGUUCGCUCCAAUAGGUCACUCGAUUCUCUCGUGCGCUGCAAGACGAGCACGGUUGUCAUGCAGACGAACUAUAUGCUCCUUUAUAGUCUGUUAUGCUCUGCUCUGUCUUUACGCCGUGGUACCCAGGUCUAACAUGCUAGAAAAGGGGAUGAGAUACCGUUAUUGCUUGCCGGCUUCGACUUGACAGCCGUCUUCCGUUCGCCAUCGGCUGGUAAAAAACGCCUUCGAAAAGAAGCGUUCCUCUCCCUAGAAAUGGGAGAAAAACUAGGUCGGUACCAAGUCCACGUUCAGUUGAACGAUAAAGCGGGGCAUCGUUUUUCGAUUUAGUUAAACGAGCUUCCUAACAUUUUGCCCCUAUUCUCUCACAGGUCUUUACGCAUGCUUAACUUCGCACACAAUCUUCAAUCUCAUACGAAGGUUUGGCGCAUUUGACUAUGAAACCCGACCAGGCCCACAGCUCGAACCAUUGCGGCUGUAUAUAGUUUGCUUUAAUACUAUUGCAUAUGUUCACAGGAUUGCAGGUGUUUUUAGCCUUAUAGCAAGUGCUUAGGAAUGCUGUUAUAGUUUGCUUCGAGACUAGUUUUAGCUACUGAAUAAGCAGACACUGACGAACGCGUGUAAAUAGAAAAAGUACGCAUAUCAUCAAUGUGUUAUAAGAUGCGUAUAAAUAUAUGAUACCAUUUAGUGUUUAAACUCGUUAUACCUAACCAGCUAACAGGCAGAAAUGUUAACGGUAGUGAGAUCGUAGGUCCUCUGUUACCGCAACAGGUAAUGUUAGGGAACUGACAUUGAAUUGUGAAUUUAGUAGGCACUGAGACAGUACAAUGACUCUAAGAAACUGGGUAGAAAGAAAAACUCUUUAGGUAUUGUUUCAUGUAUGUUAAGUCACACUCGGCCCAAAUAUCGAAAGUUGAAGCUUUAAACCGCCCAAUGUCGAGUAUUCGUUGUGUUGGCCUCAGUAAAUGGUGUUUAGUUUAAAGGUAAUAUCUGCGUCGGUAGUUGUGCUCGCAAGCAUGCUCACACCGUAUUGUUUCGUCUAAUAUGUCGAUAGGAGUGGCUGCAAGCUGUCAUUGAAGGGGGGUACACAAUCUUCCGGCUUAUGGCCGCUUGCUACAGCGUUGCAGCACCCGUGGCUAACUAAGUUCUGGAUUGGCCCGUUGAAGGCGCCACUGUCGAGGGCCGUGACGAGCCCUCGGGGUCGGGGUGCUAUAAAAGGUGACGCCGGAACGUGCGUCUGGGAGAUCCUUGCGCACUCGAAGACUGAGGCGCUACAGCUGGUCUCCGGCCCUUCACGCGGCAUGCUGCUAGACGAACGACGUUCGUCCAGUGUAUAGUGUACAACAUAAGCACCCCACUAACUACCGUUGAUACCAAUCAAGCCACUAAAGUUAUUGCAUAGUUAUUUAUCGUUUCUUUGAAGAGAUAAAGGAAACUGUUAACGGAAGCAUAGUUGUAAUAGUUAUAUUCUAAUUCUAUUCCUGCUAUUUGUCCCCAGCGGGAAGUAGUUCUAGUUAGUUAAUGUAGUUCUAUGAAAUAGUCAGGCUGUGACCGAAGUCCAUGUUCGUCUAUAUCAUCAAUCAGCAUAUAUUGCAAUCACCCAUAGACAGAGGUGUAGUUCAUCUAUCUUUCUCGAACCGCCCCACGAAGACAGCGACAAGAGAAAGAUUUCAGCCUGGUAUGUUUUCUUAGCAAUCGAAAUAAACCGAGUGCGAGGCAAGUACUUGUUAGGUUGCUAUAUAAUGUAGAAGUAUCGGCAAAGAGACCCCGAAAUCGAAACAGGGAACUAAGCAAAACGUUAAAGAAGAACACAGUCAACGGCAAGAAAAAAAAAAAAAGAAAUAAAUUAAGGUUAAUACAAAUGUACUGAGAUUGUCGUCAGUUAAUGAUUCGUCACCUAAUGUUGUGUGUGUUUCGUUGUUGAUAUAAUCUAUUACCACUGAUUUAACAACAACUAUUACUGCUGUGAAGAUGAACUUUUCGCGAAGUAAGCAUAAGAGUGUACAGAAGCCAAAGUGAGAAAUAGGAUUGUUGAUAUACGCUUUAUGUCGUGUGAUACGUCAGAUCAGUGUUGCGGAUCUGACACCUCGUCGCGGUCGAUCCGUGCUAGUCCUGAUGCGAAGUGUAUAGCGGCGGUAGGAAACAGCGACGUCGAAGAAGGAACCCAAGAAAAUUAAAGGAUUUGAGUCUGAAGAGAAUCAUUUGGUCAGCUUCUAGAACAAGUCCGUCUAGGGCGUGGCGAGAACGGAAGGGUCUUAGCCGAAGUUCCGAUCCGCUAAAACUCAGGCCCUCGACGGUGUUGUUGGGAGCAAGGAGUCUGAUUUGUCGAGUAUGGGCUCGAAGGAUGAAAACCCACCAGGUAGUUCCAUUAUUGCCGAUGCUGCUGAUGAGACCUGUGAGGGUCUUCACUUGCUCCUGACAAAUCAAUUCACCGCCGCGAUGGACAAAAUGCGGCCGAAGGCGCACGAGAGCAUCUACCACGCACUGGGUCAGUCGACUAUCAUGUUCAUGCAAGCUGUCCUUACCUUGGACAUGGCUGAUAUAAAGGCUGCCCAGGAAGCUAUUCGGCAAGGGGUUGAAGUAUGUCAGCGAUUUCGUAGGCGCUCUAGUGCUGUGUACCGCAUGCUCGUACGACCCGACUACAACAGUUAUACUGCGGAAGAGCUGCAUGCCGAACUUUGCUACGCUGAGUGCCUGCUCGAGAAUGCCGUAUUGACGUUCGUCGAGGACCAGUCGCUCGUGACGUUCAUUAAGGGAGGACUCAAGAUCCGUUCAUGUUACCAGUCAUAUAAGGAAUGUAUGCAAAUGCUGGCAACGCGAAGUUGGGAGGAUUCCCGUGAGAAACGGCACUUCGAGAGCGGCGUCCAUAUGGGAGUUGGAGCCUUCAAUCUGAUGAUUUCUCAGCUGCCAACACGUAUUCUGAAGCUGCUAGAGUUCAUCGGCUUCUCAGGGAAUAAGCAACUCGGACUACAAGAGCUCGAGAUCGGUUGCCGCCAAUGGGACACGUUGCGCGGUCCUCUUUGUAGUAUUGUCCUAAUUACCUACCAUACUUUCAUCCUUUUUAUCCUCGGACUUGGUGACGGCGAUCUCGACCUUUCUCAGGAAUUGGUGACCGGACUUUUAAAGAAGUACCCAAACGGCGUGCUAUCGAUGUUUUUCCAAGCCAGGCAAUACCAAGUUCGGGGAGACAUCGACAACGCGAUCCAAGAAUACAGGAAUGCAAUCGCCGCCCAAAACGAAUGGAUUCCUUUUCACUAUAUUUGCUAUUGGGAACAGCUGUGGUGCUUUACGUACAAGGGUGCGUGGGAUGACGCCAUUAGGACCGCGGACAUCCUGCUGGAUGGCUGUCGUUGGUCCAAGGCAUGCUAUCAGUACAUACGCGCCUGCUGUCUCUAUCAGAAGAUGAUCGAAGAAAAUCGACCAGAAUUGCUCGACGAAGUGGUAGCUAACAUGCGUGCCGUGCCCGCUCUUAAACAACGCAUUGCCGGCAAAUCAAUCCCGAUCGAGAAGUUUGUAUGCAAGAAAUCGGAGAAAUUUAUCGAGCAAGGAAACCGGCUUUUGUUACCUGCUAUCGAGUUGAUGUACACGUGGAACAGCUUCCCUAUGAUAGGCAAAAACGGACAACUUCUCCUCAGCAUUCUCGGAAAUAUCGAAGCUGAAUUGCCUCGUGUCAAACAGCUAAAAGAUACUGAGGAGAACUAUAUCGACGACUACUGUCUUGCGGUACUCCUGAAAGGUGUCUGUAUGCGUUAUAUGGGACACAAUCUGCAGGCCGAAGAGUGCUUCAAGGAGGUCCUUGAGUACGAAGCCCAGAUUAAGGACGAUACGUACCUGCCCCCGUUUGCUGCCGCUGAACUCGGCUACCUCUUCCUUAAGCAGAACCAGUUCGAAAAGUCUCGCGAGUACCUUGACAUGUCCCGAAGUCAAUAUCAUGACUAUCUGUUAGAGUCACUCGUGCACUUCCGUAUUCACUCGGCCAUCAAAUCAAUGAAGAGUUCCGGCUUUCUCUCAACACCAACGACACCAUCACCUAAUUCAUCUCCAUUUUCCUCGCCAGUUUCUACGCCCAUGCAUCCAGGAUCCGUGAUCGGGGACUUUCCCUACAUUUCGACCAGCCCAGGCGUUCCGGAGAAGUGUCCACUGGGGGCUAACAGCAUCAACAACAACACCAACGCCGUACAGACUGUCACCGAGUAGACGACAGAUGCGAGAGCAACUCGAAACUUCCAAAUCCACAGUAUCAAUGAGAGCAACUAUAAAUUAAGAAUUCGGUUCUGACACCGGAAGUAUAGACAUCAUUAUAAAAAGAGAAUUACAGGAGAGUACAGACACCUUGAGCGCAUGUGUCUAUAUCAGCCAACAGAACGGCUAUAUUCUAACAUGGUACUUAAGCGUUGGUCGGCUCGCCCAUACCGCCGAUCGGAGCACUAUAAGUGCUGUAAUCCGUAUGAUGGAUGGCGUAGAGAUCGGAUCUCGGUCUGAGAUCGAUUUGGUAUAUCUUUCGGCGGAUCGGAUGAGCAUAUCCGCGCCGGUAUGCGCUAACCUGAUAGCUACAGCGUCCUGACUUGUUGCCUUCUCGUCUACAGCAGGUAUAAAUCGCCGGUUGAGCAGGGGCAAUCUGUUGGUCAGUGCGCGCGGGCCUUGGGUGCUCUUAGUGUAUGUGAGUCCAACAUUUGUGAAUACGGUAGAGAUGAUUGCAGCGAACAAAUGACAAUAUACAGACGAGAAAAGCUAACCAUUAGUAUAAGCAACUACCACACGUUGAACGGGCGGCUUUCGUCAUUGGCAGGAAAGAGGUCAGAAGUCGCAGACAGGAUCUGAACGAAAUGUGUUAAACACUCGUUUCUAUAACAGAUUAACAAUAAUCGCGUUUCUCGCAACAGUUCAGACAACGCCGCCUGGUGGGGCGGAGGGGGAUACGCAGGGAUUUCAGAUGCGAUCGAAUGUUCCUCGAUCUUCCUUUCGAAGCAGUCGUGCACUGUUCUAAGUGAUAGCUAGAUAGAGAUAUCCGUGAGUCAGCCGCUCUCGGUGAGUGACACACUUUUCGUUGGACAAGAGCUCGCCUUCCUCUUUUGUUUACCAUUAGCGAAGUCGCCAGCUCCGACUGUGUUGGUAAUUUUCGGUCACCUGGGUAUGCACAACUAUAAGCUAUAGCAAAGAUAAUAAUACUGAUAGCCGAAGAAGUAGAGCAGACGACGAUGACACCAACAUAACCCGUCUUUUAUGGACAAAGUACACAUUAGGAAUUCAUCGCGUACAUCUUACAUUUUCCACAGGCUCAUUUACUUUAUCAGUAAACGAUUUAUAAGGAUUAGUAUGAUUGCUACCAUACAAAACGCUCAGUUGUUUGGUUCACGCUGGGUGUUAGGCGAAUUCUAUUGACAGAUAAUUUGUCGAGAGUGAAUAGCUUGCUGUUAGUAGGUUGCUCACGAAAUUCAGCCUUAUAAUCGAAGAUAAUAAAUAUAGUUUUCAUGAAGUGAUCAUCUGUACUGCGAAAACUUUUAAGAUUAAAGAACUUAGUAAAUAUCGAGAGGUCACCUCCCCGGCCGUCUAGUUUUUGUGUAGUCUAGACGCAACAGACACGUACACAAGAACACGCUGGCAGGAAUACAGCUCUCGGUAACAGAUGAGUAAACGAACCUAAUCGCAUUGAAAAUCUGCUCGCACGCAGCCGCUGGGUCUAGAAAUGUCGUACCGUUUUCCGUAAUCUGUGCGAAACGUCUAUAUCCUUAUCGGUUACAAACACACAAUGCCUAUGUUCAAGUUAUGACACUUGCGGCACUCAAAAACCGAUAGGUAAAAAAAUCACGUGAAAACAACUAUUACCAAAUAUCGACUGAAUCCAAUAUUGACCGUGUCGUACUUUCGUAUAUAUAUAUAAAUAUAAAAAAGAAACACAUACAGUACUAAUCGUAGAUGAGCAUGCAUUUAUCAUUGCUAUAUUUAAUGUUAUCGAGAUUAUUAUGCUAUGACUGAAGUAACCGUCAUUCGACGAUACUUCAACAUUGACAAAGGUCAAUAUAUAAUGUAUAGUUGCUUAGCACAGUUCGAUAUUAUAUUAUAUAGAAGCGAAUAAAGACUGAGUAACGAUAUAUGGGUGAUAGUUCUUAUGCGAUUCAACGGUAGAUAUAACUGUAGUGCUCGAAGGUGACAGUAGAGCCUAAUGCUGAUAGCGAAUCAGUGGUCAAAAAUCAAUUCAUAUGCUACCGAGGUGCCUUCUCUUAGCGGAUACUAUUGAUAGCGUUGAUUAUUAUUAGUAAUGGUAAUAUUGAAAAGAACUGUUCGUGUACGCCAGGGAGUCGUUGUCUUCCUGCGGAAGCAACGCACGCAAUAGCUCACCCUAGAGGCUGCUAACACAAUUAAGUGCAACAACAAUUUCUUCGCAGUUACACGAGAUAACAUAUGCAUACUUGUAGAGAUAGAGAGACAUAUACUCCAAAA